GAUGGACGCUCGCGCCAGCUGGGGUUCAUCGGCUUCAAGUCUGUGGAUGAAGCCGCGGCGGCCCUGCGCUAUUAUAACAGGUCAUACAUGGACACUGCAAAGCUCGCGGUGGAGUUUGCCCGCAAGGUUGGUGAUGAACAGCUACCCCGAGCCUGGAGCAAACACACCUCCGGAACCACCGCGAACCGCAAACUGACGACGCCGGCCGGCGCCGCCCGACCUGGCGCAGCUAAUGGCAAAGCUGAAGACGGUGGUGGUGAGGAUCCCAAGCUCCGAGAGUUCCUGGCGCUGAUGCAGCCUCGGUCGAAAGCGCGAAUUUGGGCUAACGACGAGAUGCCCGAGGAGCGGCAGACGGCCGCCGCUGCGGACCAGCCAAAGCUCAAGCGGGCCCCCGCCGCGGCCGCUGAUGUCAGCAAGCUCUUUGAUCAGGGCGACGGCGACGCGGGGGAGGAGGAGGACCAGUAUCAGGAUUGGACGGAUGCGGUGGCGGGCGUGCGGCGCGGCGGCGGCGGCGGCGGCGUUCGCAGCGACGACGACGAAGAGAAGGAUGCGAAGAUGGCAUCAGGCAGCGAAGACGACGAUGAUGAUGAUGGGGGAGAGGAUGGGGACGCGCACGUCCGCAGCCGCGUGGGUGAGAAGAAUGGCGAUGGCGGCAGCGAUGAUGACGGUCGGGGCGUUCGUGACGUUGGCGGCGACGUUGACAUGGCCGCGGCAGCAUCUGACGCGGAGGCGGAUGAGGAGGAUCUACUGGAGACGGAUCGGCUGUUUGUUCGAAAUCUGGCUUACACCGCCACAGAGGCGGAUCUUAGCGACCUGUUUGGGUCGUUUGGAGACCUACAGGCCGUGCAUCUUGUAGUUGAUAGAGAAACCAAGCGAUCCAAAGGGCUGGCGUACGUGCAGUACCAGAUUCCGGAGGAUGCCGUACGUGCCGCGAAGCAGCUGGACGGCGGCGGCGGCGGCGGCGGCAUCUCGUCCUUCAAGGCCCAGCGCGAGGCGCAGCGUAAGGCGGAUGCGGGCAAUCGGUCUGCAUGGAACACGUUGUUCAUGAGAGCGGAUACGGUAGCGGAUGCGGUGGCGGCGCACUACGGGCUCAGCAAGGCGGCGCUACUCGAUCCAUCGGCGUCGGGUGCCGGAGGGGAGAGCGUGGCUGUACGGAUGGCGCUGGGGGAGGCGCAGGUCAUUGCGGCGACCAAGCAAGCGCUCGCUGAGGCGGGCGUUUGUGUGGAAGCGUUGGAGCGCGCAGCUGCCGCCAGCGGUAAGGCCGCGGCCACGCGGUCCGUGGCACGCAGUGGUACGGCACUGCUCGUUAAAAACUUGCCGUAUAGCGCCAACGACGACGAACUUGUGGAGUUGUUUGGGCGGCAUGGCCCUGUCUCUCGGCUGGUGUUGCCGCCGGCAAGAGCUUUGGCGCUCGUGGAGUUUGCCGAGCCGCAGGAUGCGAGGGCGGCGUUUAAGUCCUUGGCGUACAAGAAGUACCACCACGUGCCGUUGUACCUGGAGUGGGCGCCGGCAGACGUGUUUGUGUUGCCCUCUGCCCCGCCCUGCCCGCCAGACGCCAAGGCCGCCACGGAGAUCGAGGAGGCUGUCACUGCCGCCGCGGACGAUGACGGCGAUGCCGCCGCCAACCCUGCCGUAUUGGGGACCAUUUACGUGAAGAACUUGGCCUUCUCCACGGGCGACACCCCGCUGCGGAAGCACUUUGAGGCGGCGGUGGCGGCGGCGGGAGGCUCCCUGCACAGCGCGUUGGUGGCCCGCAAAAAGGUGCCGGGCACGGGCAAGGACGGCGGCGGCGGUACGGCAGUACAGAGCCUGGGGUACGGCUUUGUGGAAGUUGACAGCGAGGCGGUGGCGGCGGCGGUCAUAAAGAAGUUGCAGGGCAGCGUGUUGGAUGGCCACAAGCUGGUGCUGCAGAUAAGUAGGGGCCGCAAAUCCGCUGCUGCGGGGGCCGGCAGCACCAAGCUGGUUGUACGGAACUUGGCAUUCGAGGCCACGAAAAAGGACAUCCAAGGGCUGUUCAACCCGUUCGGACAUUUGAAGUCAUGUCGCCUCCCGAAGAAAUUCGACGGCAGCCACCGGGGGUUUGCGUUUGUGGAGUUUGUGACGAAGCAAGAGGCGAAGAACGCCCUGGAAGGGUUGGCUGGCACCCAUCUUUACGGCCGCCGGCUAGUGGUCGAGUACGCUCGGGAGGACGACACUCUGGACGAUAUCAGGAACAAGACUGCAGCAAAAUUCAAACGCGAUGGCGAGUUGGUGGCCGGAGACGCACCUGCCAAGCGGUUAAAACUUUGA